CCCACUUUCUAUAUGAUGCGUACAGCUGCAUGUGCUAAUGUCCGUGUCCUUGCCAUUUUCCACUUGCCACUGCUGACUGAGACGCUGAUCAAUUUGAGGGCGCCAGGCUCGCUUGGCUGUGACAUCGCUGCCUCAUCAUCAUCAUCAUCCUCAUUCGUCAGCUUGAUCACAUCACACCGAACAUGCAUUUUUGUAGCACACUUACAGAAUGGGGACCAAAAAGCUAGUGUGCAACAAAUGAAGCCAGUGAUGGAAGUCAGUGCAUGUGCGUGUCAACACACAGACGUGGAUUUCUUAACCACUGACAACAAAAAGGAGGAGCGAAGGGUCAGGGCCAAUGACAGAGACUCCAACGAAAAUUUCCAGUAUGCGAGUAACUGCAUCACCACAUCCAAGUACAACGUCCUCACCUUUCUGCCCAUCAAUCUGUUCGAGCAGUUUCAGGAAGUGGCCAACACCUACUUCCUUUUCCUGCUCAUACUGCAGUUGAUCCCUCAGAUCUCCUCCCUGUCCUGGUUCACCACCAUCGUGCCUUUAGCGCUGGUGCUGAGCAUCACCGCCGUGAAGGACGCCACGGACGACUUUUUUCGCCACAAGAGUGACAACCAAGUGAACAACCGUCAGUCUCAGGUGCUCAUGCGUGGCUCGCUUCAAAAUGAAAAGUGGAUGAACGUCCGAGUGGGUGACAUCAUCAAAUUGGAGAACAAUCAGUUUGUGGCAGCUGACUUGCUGCUGUUGUCCAGCAGUGAACCUCACGGUCUCUGUUACAUCGAGACAGCCGAGCUGGACGGAGAAACCAACAUGAAGGUGCGCCAGUCUGUUUCGGUGACGACGGACCUCGGGGACCCCGACAACUUGGCUCAGUUUAAUGGUGAGGUGGUCUGCGAGCCCCCCAACAACAAGCUGGAUCGUUUCAGCGGGACUCUGUACUGGAGGCACAAGAAACACCCUUUGAGCAACCAGAACAUGCUCCUCCGAGGCUGUGUCCUCCGCAACACUGAGGCCUGCUACGGCUUGGUCAUUUUUGCAGGCCCAGACACCAAGCUAAUGCAGAACAGCGGUCGCACCAAGUUCAAGCGCACCAGCAUCGACCAUCUGAUGAACACGUUGGUCCUCUGGAUCUUUGGUUUCCUGGUGUGUAUGGGUGUCAUUUUGGCUGUGGGCAACGCCGCGUGGGAGCGAGAGGUGGGAUCGCUGUUUCAGAGUUACCUACCUUGGGAUCCUCCGGUGGACGGCUUCCUCUUCUCUGCCCUCCUUGCCUUUUGGUCCUAUGUGAUCAUCCUUAAUACAGUGGUGCCCAUCUCGCUGUAUGUCAGUGUGGAGGUGAUCAGACUGGGCCACAGCUACUUCAUCAACUGGGACCAGCGAAUGUUCUGCUCACAGUGCAACACAGCAGCCGAGGCCCGGACCACCACGCUCAGUGAGGAGCUGGGCCAGGUUGAGUACAUCUUCAGUGACAAGACUGGAACCCUCACUCAGAACAUCAUGAGUUUCAACAAGUGCUCCAUCAAUGGACACAGUUACGGGGAGGUAGCAGAUCCACUGGGGGCACAGCCAAAGAGGCUGGACUUCACUCCUUUCAAUCCCCUGGCAGACCCAGACUUCUGUUUCUAUGACGACACACUACUGGAGUCGGUCAAAGUGGGAGAUCCCCACGCUGAAGAGUUUUUCCGCCUGCUCUCUCUCUGCCACACCGUCAUGAGUGAGGAGAAGAAUGAGGGAGAGCUUGUGUACAAAGCUCAGUCUCCAGAUGAGAGGGCUUUGGUGACAGCUGCACGAAAUUUUGGAUUCGUGUUUCGCUCUCGAACGCCGGGAACCAUCACCACCACCGAGAUGGGGCGGCCUGUCACCUACACGCUACUUGCCAUCCUGGACUUUAACAACACACGCAAGAGGAUGUCUGUCAUUGUCCGUAACCCCGAGGGCGGGAUCCGUCUGUACUGCAAAGGUGCUGACACUGUGUUGUUGGAGAGGCUCUGCCCCUGUAAGCAGGACCUGAUCAAUAUCACCUCAGACCACCUCAAUGAGUACGCCGCAGAUGGACUGCGGACACUGGCUCUGGCCUACAGGGACCUGUCAGAGGAGCAAUGGGAGACGUGGUCUGAAAGCCACCGCCAUGCUGAGAAAGAAGAAGACCUGCUGUCGGCUGCCUAUGAGCAGAUCGAACAAGACAUGAUGUUGCUGGGUGCCACAGCAAUAGAGGACAAGCUGCAAGAAGGUGUCCCAGAGACCAUCGCUCUCCUCUCCCUGGCCAACAUCAAGACGUGGGUACUUACAGGAGACAAGCAAGUUUUAUCUCGCACAGAGACGGCUGUCAAUAUUGGCUACUCGUGUAAGAUGCUGACAGAUGAUAUGACCGAGGUUUUCAUCAUCAGCGGAUGCAGUGUCCAGAGAGUGAAGCAGGAACUCAGGAGAGCAAGGGAACGGAUGAUUGCGCAUUCACAAACAAAGGACAGUGAAAAAAAAGAGGUGGUCGAGGGAUGUGCAGCAGCUUGCUUGAAGAUAUUCAGAAGAGGAGGAAAACUGCCACCAUUCCCUUUUUCUUCCAACCUUAUGGACAACAUCUCUGGGGACUUUGCCCUCGUCAUCAACGGCCACAGCUUGGCCCACGCACUGGAAGCAGACAUGGAAAAGGAGUUUGUCACAACGGCGUGCGCAUGCAAAGCGAUGAUUUGCUGCCGAGUUACGCCGCUGCAAAAGGCUCAGGUGGUGGAGCUGGUGAAGAAACACAAGCGGGCCGUAACCCUGGCCAUCGGGGAUGGAGCGAAUGACGUGAGCAUGAUCAAGAGUGCUCAUAUUGGUGUCGGUAUCUCGGGCCAGGAGGGUAUCCAGGCUGUGUUGGCCAGUGACUACUCCUUCUCCCAGUUCCGCUUCCUGCAGCGGCUCCUGCUGGUGCACGGCCGAUGGUCCUACCUACGCAUGUGCCGCUUCCUGUGUUACUUCUUCUACAAGAACUUUGCCUUCACUAUGGUGCACUUCUGGUUCGGCUUCUUCUGUGGCUUCUCUGCCCAGACGGUGUAUGAUCAGUUCUUCAUCACACUCUACAACAUUGUUUACACGUCUCUGCCUGUGCUUGCAAUGGGCAUAUUUGACCAGGAUGUGCCUGAUCAAAGGAGUCUGGAGAAUCCAAAACUGUAUGAGCCUGGCCAACUCAACCUGCUCUUCAACAAGAGAGAGUUCUUCAUCUGCAUUGCCCAGGGCAUAUACACAUCAGUGGUGCUGUUUUUUGUCCCCUAUGCUGUCCUGGCCAACGCCUCGCAGAGCAGCGGAGAGCCUCUUGCCGACUACCAGACCUUUGCUGUCACUACGGCAACUGCUUUGGUCAUUGUAGUGAGUGUACAGAUCUCACUGGACACAAGCUUCUGGACCAUCUUUAACCACGUGUUUGUUUGGGGCUCGUUGGGCUGCUACUUCACCAUCAUGUUUGUUGUACACAGUCAGACACUCUUCAGGAGCUUCCCCAACCACUUCCAUUUUGUAGCAAGUGCUCAGAGCACACUAUUACAACCAGUUGUGUGGUUGACUAUUGCACUGGCAACGGCAAUCUGUAUAGUUCCAGUUUUGGCAUUCCGCUUCCUCAAGUUGGACCUCAAACCUCAGCUCUCUGACACGGUCCGCUACACUCAACUGGUGCGUCAAAAGAAGCUUAGGUCAGCUGGUGGUAGCGUGGCAUCCACCUGGCGCAGUGCGGGCAGCUGCUCCGAGGGCCGCCUGGGCGCAAGAGGCGGUUCCCGGAGGUCCGGCUAUGCCUUCGCCCACCAGGAGGGAUUUGGGGAGCUGAUCACCUCUGGCAAGAACAUGCGUCUGUCGUCUCUGGCUCUGGCCAGCUUCGCGUCCAGGCACAGCUCCAGCUGGAUCGACACCCUGCGCAGGAAGAAGCACGCUCACACUCCUCCCAGUACGUCAGGAGAGUGCACCCCUGCGCUCUCGCACUCGUCUUCUGUUCUGGGGUGUUCACAGGAGGCACCCAUCGAGGAGGAAACAGUCCGAGACUCACAGAUAAUUCUAAUGACAAUCACUUCAAUGGGAGCUUCGGAGGAAGUAGCCAACAGCGCAGGCUCACCGUCUUGCCAAGAAAACCACACUAACGGAGUGUAAAAAAAACUGACAAAAGAGGACUCAAACAAACAGAAAAUAGAAAUGCGUGGUGUCUUCAGUCAUCCUCUAAUUGUUUAUGAUACCGUAAAGCAGUGGCAGGCUGUAGAUUUUGUACCCGACCUUAUCCACCUCUUAAUACAACCUCUAACAUGUCACAAUUAUAGAAACCUUCAAUACUAUACAAAAACGCAAGAGGCUGAAAUCUGAUAGGAUGGAAACAAUCCAACAUCCACUUACAUAUACAGCCAAAAGAAAUCCUAUAAAAUGAACAGAAUAGACUGUUGGGAAUAAAUGAAUACAAUUUUAUGGACCAAAUAUAAGAAUUUAGGGCUGUAAAAGUAGGUCAGUGCUUCUGACAGGGUUUAGGCCAGUAGACGGCCCACCAAUGCUGUAACAUAAAAGAAAGCAGCAGCAUAUGUCAAGAGUGCAUACAAUUGAUUUGCCAACCAAAAAAAUACAGCUUAUUAGUUCUCAAUGAGAACAUCACACGUUACCCUCAUGUCACUGAUCUGCUAAUCACUCUCUUUUAGUUGACUGCAUCAUAUUGAUGUGCUUAAGGCAGCGUGUUGUAAAUUCCAUGACCCCCUGGCUUGCAAUGGAAAGCCAAGUAGAAACUCAAACAGACUAAUGGAUAUGGGAGCUUAUUUUUGUGUGUCCACUAGUGCCUCUACAUACACUCUGAAAUGUGAUUCAGUCAUUCAUUAUCAGUGAAAUGUAUUGAGGCAUUAUCAUGCCUCAAUUGCUGUGUGUCCAUAUGACUGGUCUAACGAUUUAUACGUGACUGAUUAAGCAGGAUGUGACAUAUAUGGUCUUGAACAAGACAGAAGGUUUUGGAAAGAGAUUUAUUAAACAGCGCUUAUCUCCA